GAAACGGACAGACCUGUAAAAUUAUUUAAUUAAUAAAUGACACCUCGGCAGUAGAUGUGUCUGUUUAUAUCUCUGCCAAGUGCAUUAUUUGUUUCAAAAAUUUAAUUUGCCAUGAAUAACCAAACAAGGCAAACCUCUUGCUAUUUAUGAACUUCUUUCACAUUGUUAAUUAUGUUUAGUUCAUGUCAUCAGUAACGCUUACAUACUAGAAGUUUCUUUCUCACAGGUGCACUGAUGCUGUAAUCUGAGUAAAAGAUAUAUCAGGGCAAAAAUAUAAAGCUUUAAUUUUCGUCCGUGUUAAUUAAUGGUUUUGUUUGCGGAAGAGCGAAUGGUCUGUCUCUGCUGCUCCUGGGGCUCGACUGUCAAAGGCGAUAAAUCAGCUGGUUGUUUAAUUAAUGAGUCUCGCACCCGAGCCCGGAUAUGAAUGUGUGGAAUAAGAAGAGAAACCACGCUGAACAAUGACGUGCUUUCCAUAGUGUGUGUGUGCGCGCGCGCGCUAUUUUUAAUGUCAUUAUACGAAAAGCAGACAGACGGGGAGCGCAGAAGUAGCAGAGUCUGCAGCAUAUGAACUCCUCAAGAGUCUCCACUGGAACACAGUGAUAUAGAGUCAAGCACUGUUCGCACUUUUAACAACUUUGCGGAGCAAAUGAUCAUGUCAGAAUCUGUACGGAAGAUGUUGAGGGCGAAACUGGUGGUGCUGGGAAGAGAUAACUGUGGGAAGACAGCUCUGUGUGUCAGAUUCAUCACCAGACGUUUCAUUGGAGAGUAUGAACAUAAAAGGGAGGUCACCUACAGAUGUCAGAAAAUUGUGGACAAGGAGGCGAUUGAGCUGGAGAUUUUAGACACUGUUAAUAAGGAAUGUGUAGGUCCUGCGGCGUCCUCUCUGGAGAGUUCCAUUAAAUGGGGUGAUGGGUUUCUCAUUAUGUACUCCGUGACGGACCGCAGCAGUUUUGAGGCUGUGUCGCGCCUGAAGAGACUGAUUGACCACGUCAAACAAACGCUUGGUAUUCCAGCAGUCAUCGUUGCCAACAAAUGUGACAUGGAGAACGGCCGUGUGGUGAGGACAGAUGAGGGACAGGCUUUAGCCUCAGACCUGAGUCAGGGUUUGACUGGUGGUGCAGGUGCAGUUUCUUUGAGCUGUCUGUGGCAGAGGACGCUUCGGCAGUGGAGGCCGCGUGCGCGCAGCUCGUGCGUGAGGUGCGUCAGGAGUUCCAGCGCCACCUGCUGGCUAUGGACAAGCGCUCACGGAUGCUGCAGAUGAGACAUGCACUCAAAAACAAACUCACAAGGAGUAAAACCAUGCAGUGGUGACCAGAAAGAGUAAACGCAGUUCAGACAUGACUACCGUAGUGCUGUAUCCUAUCGGAGAACAAGUGCCUUAUGGGUUUCCAAAUAGUGUCAUGGACAUUGCUAUGUGUGUAUGACAGAAAACAUAAAGCAUUUUUUUAAAUGUGCACUGGAUCCCUUAAAACUCUGUCUUUCCUUGUUUGGACAAACAGUAGUCUCACCUUAAACUUUUGUAACUGAAUGAACCAGAAGCUGACAUGUUGGAACAACAAACAGAACAAAGUUGAGAUUCUACAGUAAGCCAACCUCUGUGUGCAUUAAACCGUUUUACUAUAAAGUAUUUCAAAAUUGAAAUGGAUCCAUUUGACCACUUGAGAUCAGUGUACCUCUUAUUUUGCAUCAAUUUCACUGUAAAUGACAUCAUUCCAGUGCAAUAAUCAUUCUGUAUUUAAAUAAAUUUUAUGUGUGAGAAGUCAUAAAUGUUUGUUUAUAGGCACUAAAUGUAUUCUGAUAGAC